AUGAUGAUCGAACCACACGAGGGAACACCACAUGAGUGUGAAAAACAAGUAGAAGAAGAAAGUCUUGGUCCUGUUAGUCCAACACCUCUUGAAAAUCCAGACAAGGAGUUAUGGGUCGAUGGAUCCAGUUACUAUGUUGAUGGAAAACGACAUACUGGAUGGGCUGUAGUGGAAGCUGAUGGAAAUGUCGUGAAGAAAGGAGCUCUUUCUGGGCAUUUUUCAGCACAAGUAGCUGAGCUCAUAGCACUUGCAGAAGCUUUCGAAUUAUCGGAAGGACAACGAGUCAACAUCUACACAGAUAGUCGUUAUUCUUUUGGAGUGGUCCAUGACUACCUUGCCCUGUGGAAAAAACGUGGACUUAUCACCAGCAAUGGGAGCGAAAUACAACAUGCUUCCAUAAUUCGUCGUUUGAUUGCAGCAUGUCACCUACCCAGAGAAGCAGCCGUGAUCAAAGUAAAAUCACAUCAAUCUGACAAGUCCAAAGAAAGUCAAGGAAACACGGCAGCAGAUGCAGCGGCCAGAGAAGCAGCACUACUUCCUCUUACUCCUUAA